AAUUGUGGCACGUUCGCCCCAAACAUUGGUACCGUAAACAUUCUUCUGUACUCAUUCUAAUGAUUUCGAAAAUAACGUAAUCUUACCAAGUUUGAUAAUUACGUUUAUUAUUUGCCAUUAGAUAAGCAUUUAUGAUGAAAGAGCGCAAAAGUUAAAUACACUUUAAAUUAGUAGCAGCUUCUAGUGAAACCUUUGAGACAUUUCCUACGCUAAAAGUUGUUUGAGGCAUACACGGCGCAAACUUGAUUGUUGCUUGUUGCACUGGAUCGUGUGUUGCAAAUGCAAUGCGGUGUGCUCUGUAAAGUCAGCGAAAUAUUUAGGAAGUUCGUCAUCUCAAUAGCUUGUACAUUUUUACUAUGCCAGUGUCAUAAGUUUCUUUCGUCUGCUACGUAACGCCGAAGGUUCAAUCUUUUGAACGUGAAACUCGAAAUGUGUUCUUUUAGUACCUAACCUCAGUCACUGAAGUUUGAACCUUCUUGAUUUGAGAAAAACACGUUUUAGUGAAACCGUAAAGCCCAGAGCACCACAAUGAACGGCUCCGGCCGCGGCCCGGGCCCGGUGCCGCCGCGCUGGCUGCAGUGCCCGCGUAAGGCGCUCAGCGUCAUCGGUGACAAGUUCAUGGCGUUCAAGACGCCGCUAUCGUCCCAGUUUGACGCCCAGGUCCCCGUAGAGUGUCGCUUCAACCCGGGCAUGCUCGUCUCGUCGCUCAAACAGUACAAGGUAAAGCUGGGUCUGUGGAUCGACCUCACCAACACGACGCGCUUCUACCCGCGAGAAGAGGUCGAGGAGGAGCUCGGCAUCAAGUAUGUGAAGCUGCAGUGUCGUGGUCACGGAGAGACACCCUCGCCGGAGCAGACACGCGUCUUCAUCAACCUCUGUAGCACCUUCAUCAAAAAGAACCCCCUGCAGAUGAUAGGGAUCCACUGCACUCACGGCUUCAACCGUUCUGGCUUCCUGAUCGCCGCCUUUCUGGUGGAGAACGGAGACUGGAGCAUUGAGGCGGCGGUGGAUGCCUUCGCGCGCGCCAGACCGCCGGGUAUCUACAAGAAGGACUACAUCGACGAGCUGUUCCGGCGGUACGGGGACGUGGAGGACGCGCCCGACGCGCCCGAGCUGCCCGACUGGUGCUACGACGAGGCGAGUAACGGUUUGGAUGACGACGGCGACCCGUUGGCGUCGGGCGGGGAUGACGACUCGGCGCCGGCCGGCCGCACCGCCGGCGGAGGCGGCGGCCGGCGCGAGCGCAACAAGAAGAACCCCCAGUUCAUGGAGGGCGUGCCCGGAGUGCGUGCCAUCACCUCACAGCCGCGGCUCGGACAGAUUCAGAAGCGCAUUCAGGAGAUGUGCGGCUGGAACGACACCGGUUUUCCUGGCUGCCAGCCGGUCUCCAUGGACCGAGACAACAUGCAGUUCCUGGCCGACACACCGUACAAAGUAUCCUGGAAGGCGGAUGGCACAAGGUAUAUGAUGCUAAUAGACGGAGAGGAUCAGAUAUAUUUCGCCGACCGAGAUAACGCCAUUUUCCGGGCCCGUGGUCUCACCUUCCCUUACCGGAAGAACCUCAGCGAACACCUGGCCGACACCCUGGUAGACGGGGAGAUGGUCAUAGACCGGAUCAACGGCCAGGACCACCCGCGCUUCCUGGUGUAUGACAUCAUCCGCUUCCGCGGCGAGGAGGUCGGCAAGACGCGCUUCGACACACGGCUCACCUGUAUACGGAAAGAGAUCAUAGAGGCUCGUCACACGGCGAUAGAGGCCGGGCGGCUCGACAAGUCUUCAGAGCCGUUCUCCAUCCGCGCCAAAGACUUCUGGGACCCGAUGCAGACCAACAGUCUGCUCAGUGAGAAGUUCUGCCGCUCGCUGGGCCACGAGCCGGAUGGCCUCAUCUUCCAGCCGCUGAACGACCCAUACGUCGCGGGCCGCUGCGACAUGGUGCUCAAAUGGAAGCCGGCCUCGCACAACUCGGUCGACUUCCGGCUGAAGAUCGUUAACGAGGGCGGAGAGGGGAUGCUGACUCGGAAGCGCGGCCUGCUGUACGUCGGCUCCCUCCAGUCCCCGUUCGCACAGAUCAAACUCACCAAGGAGCUGAAGGCGCUCAACAACAAAAUAAUCGAGUGCACCUUCGAGAACAACCAGUGGGUGUUCAUGCGGGAGAGGACAGACAAGAGCUAUCCCAACGGCUACGAGACGGCCAAAUCGGUGUGUAACACCAUCCAACACCCGGUCACCAAGGAGAUGCUACUCUCCUUCAUACGGGAGCGGGCCAAACGACGGCCAGACAACGACCUCAUGCCACCGCCAGCCGCCAAACGACAACGGUGAACGCCGGCCGGCCCGCCCACCCGCCGCGAGCCGUCACAGUGAGCUGUGCAGGUCACACGUGACCGGUGACCUGUCAGGUGACCCUUGACCCGUGAGCUGUGACCCGGGGCACGCCGCAUGUCCGACAGGGGACGGUCAGCUCCCCGUCCUGUCCCUCCCCGUCCGCUCGUGUCCCCCACAUUCCCCCGACCCGCUCCCCGUCUUCCCGACCCUCCCAGUCGCCUGCCCCCUGUCAGGGAGUGAGGUGGCCCUUAUCAGACAACCAGCGGCUGCUCUUCCCCAGCUGUGCUGUCCCGUGGUCAGCGGACCCGCCGGCGGCUGUGCUGGUCUGGUGGCUGCCCCGCUGGCCCGGCCGCGCUGGCCUGGUCACUGCUCUGCUGUGCUGGUCAGACGAGGUCUGGUCGGGUGGCAGCGGAAGGCAGUGGGUGCUGGCCCGGUGGUAGUCUGAGAGGACAAGUCUGAGUUCUGCUCGUUGUUGAGACGCGCUGACUCCGGGACACGCCGAAGUUCAGCAUGGUGGAUCGGCGUGCUGCCCCAGUUGCGGCAGAGCCUCUCCAGACGAGUAUCCCUGUGGGGGUAUUGUGCGUGGCGUGCCAUCUAACGUCCAGCACGUGAGGAUUCCAGAGUGCCACGCUGGCAACGCCUCCUAGCGGCGCGAGGUCGGUUGAGGACUCUGUUCUCCAGGACCGGGGUAGUUGGUGGUCGCCUCGGGCUGUUUUAGGUCACCUGAGGUCACUGUGGUCACCUGAGGUCACCUGUGGUCACCUGAGGUCAGACUGUGGUCACCUGAGGUCACUGUGGUCACCUGAGGUCACCUGAGGUCACCGCUCAUAGUGCUUUGGAGUCAGUUGACAUCUCGCGGUGUGGUGGUUUGAUCUGUUGAAGCGCCGUUCCCCCGGCCAAGUGGUCAGGCGGGACGGAGCGACCCCCGCACCACCGGUCAGGGGGUGUUUUAAUGACGCAGGCGCCGGUAGGGGCCGGACGGGGACUUUCCUCUGACCCUGACCCUGCCCUAUGUGGCCUGAGGCCGACUCCUGGCGGGCUGGCUGACCUGUGGUUGACCUAUCUCCCGCUGCUGUUCGCCGGGUGAUAGAUGCUGUUGUGCCGUCCGUUCAGAGGGCGUUGACCGGUGGUUUUUGGUGGUUACCGCGAUGGUUACCGCCUGGUUUCCGUGGCCGCCGUGUUGGUUCAGUGCGAUGGUUGUCAGUUGUGGUUACUGUGCCCCCCAUUUGAGGAGAGCCCCGAUUAGGUGGUGGCCAGUGACAUAUUUAUAUAUAAUACAGGUGUAUGAAGUCGC